AGAAUGUGUACUUACAUUUCUGUGUAUGACUCUGUUGUACUUACGAUUCCUGUGAUCAUAAUGGCUAGCGAAUUUAGUGCUUUCUAACGAUUUGGAUUAUCGGUUACUUCUAAGUCGGAUUAUUUGUAUAUGGUUUUACUGGUUUAUGUAUCAACGUAUGGAAGGAAUUAUUAUAUUAAUACACUAUCACCGAGGAGCCAUAUAGCCACUGGAGAUUUAGUCCAUAAACCAAACUAGCAGUGCGAGGACACAAUAGUUUAUCACGGAAUGCAGUCAUAAAACGCAGACGACUUUUAACUUAGUUCGGAGUUGAUUUCGUUUUACGGAGUUGAUUUCUUAUACCGGAGCGUGUGUGUGUGUAGAUCGGUUCACGAUUCAUUAGGUUAUGGACACUUUCUGAGUAAAGGAUCUCGAGUUCGCUUAAAACCCCCAGACCGUGAAGUUAGACAGGACAAUCGGUGAUUUUAUCCGAGUACACAGGACAGUCUGUACAGGUGAGUUCGUCUUGUGAUGGAUCUGCCGCCUCCCGCCACGAAGAGGCUGAUCAAGACGGCUCUCCACCAAGCCAUUCUAGACUGUCGUCUACACCAGGUCAGACUGCUCGUUUUCAAACAUGGCGUUAACAUCGACAGUCGCGACAUCAACGGCCGCACCCCGCUCAUGCUGUCGUGCAUGAUAGCCAACCCGGAAUAUGCGUACAAGAUGGCGAAGAUCCUGUUGAAGUCUGGGGCGUCGCUCAACGUGAAAGACAACAUGGAGAGAACCGCCCUCAGCUACGCCUGCAUGAACGGACGGGAGGGCAUCGUGGCCAGGAUCCUCAAGGAGGACGUCCUGGACAUCAACGAACCGGACACCGACGGCAACACGCCUCUUCAUCACAGCACCUUAAGCAGCAAUCCUAAAAUAGUGGAGAUGUUGGUUGAAGCCUUCAAGAAGUUCGGUUUGAACGCCGACAGAAGAAACAAUCUUGGAUAUACGGCUCUGCUCCUUGCCUGCAAGUUUGGUCAUUACGUGUCGGCCCACAUCCUGCUGACGCGGAUCCAGGCGUCCCCGACUCUGAGGGAUGGGGAGAUGUACCUGAACGCGGCAGACUGGACUCGCAGGAGCCACGAUGUUCGGAUGACCCUUCAGAACACCAUCCGACGCUCGCUGGCCUUCGAGAGGGAGCCCACCCAGCACACGUUGUCGUUCUCCAGAGAGUCGACGAUGUACCAGAAGCCGUUCACGCCCGUCUGCCAUCACACCAAAGCACAGAAGAAUCCACUAAGCUGCAGCUUCGGCUCGGUGUUGAAGCUGCCGGCGCUGUUUGAAACGUCUGUGAAUGACAGUGAUAGAAGCGAGGUCUUCAUUGACGGACUGGAGGCAAGGCAGGUUCUGCUGAACGAAAUCAUGGACACAGAGCCCAAACAGCGACCUUUCUCGACGAAAACCACCAAUACAAGAUGGGCGCAUCCAUCCACGGCUAAACUGAUGUCUUUGGGCAGACGCAGCAAAACGGCAGUAAUUCCGGACAUGGUAACGUUGUUUCGAAUAUAUUCUGAGCAAUAUCAACCAGACUGGAAGAAAUAUCAUCGUAGAAGUGAAAGAAAAGUGACGCUUGUGACAUCAUUAGAUAACACAUCUGCCAUCAGUGGAGAACUUCCGUCACUGGAGGCGCAUGCGCCGUAAUUAGAAUUCAAAAUGGGAGUAAAUGUUAGACAUUAAAUUUUAUGACAUCAGAAUAAUGUCAUUUUGUUCCAUAUACCUAUAGGUUUAUUUUGUUUAUAUUGCUAACAGUAUGUUGAAUUUUCGUAGUGUUGUUAUGUGGAUGUUGCAAUACAUGACAGUGACUGUGUACUCAAACAAAACAGUUCCUGAAAUGUGCAAAACUUACAUGUAAAUAAUUUCAGUUUGGUUUGAUAUAACAAGAAAGGUAAAAGGGUUUUGGAGAUAAAAAAAAAUACCCUACUUAUUUUUGUGUGCAAUUUAGAAAACAAUCGGCUCAGAAAUAAAUAACUUGCAGUAAAUUCCAUAGUAUGAAAAAAAGGCUUUCCCUGUAUACUAUUAAUUAUUUAACAUUAAAUUAUAAUGUUGAAAUUAAUGUAACAAACAUAACACCUUA